UUGGGAAGGUUCAAAAAUGAAAGUGAGAUUAGAUCGUCCACAUCACAGUUGGAAUCAGAAACACCAGAAUUAGCCUAUUACUUCGUUCAGUUGAGAUUCGGAUGCCGUAAACUCGAAGAUAUCCGCGUGGAAAAAAAUCGAGUUUUUCGGGUAAGGAAUCGCUUAACUUAAUCAACUUCUCUCUCCUCGUUGUUUCUCCGAUCUAAUCCGCGUGGAAUGUCUCCCAAGCUUCGGCCUUUUAGGGUUUUGCUUCUUCUCAAUAUCCUGAUCAUGCUCAGAUUUAAGGAUCGCAAACUAAUGGCAACCGCAACUAUGGCCACUGCAGCUGGUGCAGCAGCUCUUUUAUACUAUACACUAAACCGGAAAUUGCAAUCAACCAGGCAUAUAGAAGAUGACGACGAAAAUGUUACUGAUGUACACAAUCAGGUUCCUUUAGGAAUUGAUCGAGUUUCUCAUAGACUUAUUCAAGCCCCUGCAACAUGGUUGGAGACUAUCUCAACGUUGUCGGAGACUCUUAGGUUUACCUAUUCUGAAACUCUAGGGAAGUGGCCAAUUGGGGAUUUGGCAUUUGGGAUCAACUUCCUUUUAAAGAGGCAGGGAAACUUGCACGUCGCAAAUAUAUUUGCUGGGGAAGAAAGUUUACAGCUUAAAGGGCCUGAAAUAACUGCUGAGCUUAGACAUCUCUUAAAUUUGUUGACUCUUUGCUGGCACUUCUCGAAGAAACCAUUCCCAUUAUUUUUAGAGGAGACUGGUUAUUCGAAGGAAAAUGUUCUUCUUCAGGAACCUAAAGCUGGAAUUUUGAAGCCGGCUUUUACAAUACUAGCUGACCACAACACAAAAACUUUCCUCUUACUAAUUCGUGGAACUCAUAGUAUCAAGGAUACUCUAACUGCUGCAACUGGAGCGGUGGUGCCUUUCCAUCACUCUGUUGUGCAUGAGGGGGGAGUUAGUAAUUUGGUUUUAGGUUAUGCACAUUGUGGAAUGGUUGCAGCUGCUCGCUGGAUAGCAAAGCUUGCAACUCCUUGUCUUACUAAAGCAUUCGAGGAACAUCCUGAUUAUAAAAUUAAGAUUGUGGGGCACUCCUUGGGCGGAGGCACUGCAGCACUUUUAACAUAUGUACUACGUGAGAGGAAGGAAAUGUCAACAGCUACCUGUGUGACAUUUGCAGCUGCCGCAUGCAUGACAUGGGAGUUGGCGGAAUCAGGCAAUGACUUUAUUACUUCAGUUAUAAAUGGAGCUGAUUUGGUGCCUACAUUCUCAGCUGCUUCAGUAGAUGACUUACGUGCUGAGGUGACUGCGUCUGCUUGGCUGAAUGACCUGAGGAAUCAGAUUGAACGUACAAGGAUCCUUAGUACCGUCUAUCGAUCUGCGUCGGCUUUGGGGUCUCGGCUUCCAUCAAUUGCUAGCGCUAGAGCAAAAGUUGUUGGGGCGGGUGCAAUUCUGCGUCCUGUUUCCAAUGGUACACAGGUUGUGAUGAAAAGAGCACAAAGCAUGGCUCAGGCAGCAUGGUCGCGUCCUUCGAUGCAGUUAUCCUCAUGGUCAUGCAUAGGGCCCCGCCGUCGUGCUGCAGCUACUUCUCAUUCAUGCUCUAAAGAAGAGGGGGGUACUUUAGAAUAUUCCCCUAGAACAGAAACUUCUGAGCCUUUUCUUUUGGGCUCUCAUGAGAGUACAACUAUGGUAGAAGCCACAGAACCAUCUGUUUUAUCAUCUGAAGCAAUCCUAUGGGAUUCAGAAAUACAGUGUUCCUGUUCUGGUGAGGUGGGUCAACACGCUGAGAUGGGUCUUGAUCUUGACGAAGGUGAAGAUAUCAUGGAACAUGAUACAAAUGAAGACCGGAUGACUGAAGUUGAGUUGUGGCAGCAAAUUGAAAACGAGCUUUACAACCGGACGGAAGGUGAGGAAGCUGACAAGGCAAAGGAAAUAAGGGAAGAAGAAGAAGCAGCCAUUGCUGAGGUAGCUGAGAGCAAUCCCCAAAGCUCUGUGCCAGAAAUGAAGGAAGUGCACAGAUUUUUGCCUCCCGGAAAGAUUCUGCAUAUUAUUACAUUUAUGCCGGAAAUGAAGGGGAGUGACAGUGGUGAUAGCACUAGUUCUGGUGAGACAGACGACGGAAGCCAGCCGCCAGCAGAGACUAAGGUGGGGAUAUUCCUCACCCCUAGGUCAUUGUAUAGCAAACUGAGGCUUUCACAGACCAUGAUAGCUGACCAUUUCAUGCCAGUUUAUAGAAGACAAAUAGAAAAACUGAUUACUGCACUUGAGGAAGAAGCAGCUUCUGAGACAGUUUUGUAGGGAUCAUUCGGCAAUAAGAUACAGAUUUAGUCAGACUCUUGUUCCAACUCCAUGUUUUUGAAGCAGUAAUCCUUUCAUUUCCAUUGUUGCAAUGAGAAAGCAAGGUGGUGGAACCCUAAAGAGUUAGAUGCUUUGGUUGGAGCUGCUGAAAGAAGAUGUGUGCUGCUGCCACUUCCACAUGAUUCCGGAAAUCCCUGUAAAUUAGUGUUGGGUUAGAAACCAUAGCUCCUUUGUAUUUCAAUCAAGUAUCUAUAUGCCCCAUUUCUUAUUAUUAAUUACUUAGCUGACUUUGUAAUGUCUUAUUAAGUUAUAGGGUAGUCAAUUACAUGUGCGCUUCAGUUUAGAAAUAAGGUUUUCCAGCAGCCUGGCUGAUUUGCUUCGGAUGCAAAUGACCAAUUUUCUGAACUCUUCAGACUGUGUUUGGAUCUUGCAUUUAUGAAGGGAAAUAGAAAAGGAGAAGUGUUUCUUGUUUUA